UUUGCCUAAUAAAUUAGGGCUCGAAGCUUAGUGGGAUUGGCAAACAUUGCUGGAUCUUUGCGCUAGUUAGUUGAUAGUUGAAUGCUUAGAACAUGUCGGAAAUCACAUUAAUUAUUAAUCUUAGUUGCGCAUGCGCGAUUUAACCUGUAUCGAUCCAUCCAUAACCUGAGUUGAGUUUACCAUAGAUUGAGGUUGAAACGAAUGAAGCAUUUGGAACAAAACAAGAACUGGAUAAUCUACUCGGACUUGAAUGUUCUCACUUAUGAACAGGCAUGUAUCCCUAACACAUAUUCGUCAGAGUUCUACCUGUUUACGAGAUUCGGAAUAUAACGUAAACGGCUCCAAUAUGGAGGGGAUAAAAUCAGCCUUUUCCGUGUUAUAAAGAGUCUAGACCUAAGAUUCUGUAGAAUAACCCAUCUGGCGGUUUCCAAACAUCAGUUCGGCAAGAUUUGAUUUGUGUUUACUGGAACGGCAUCCAUUCCUCCACAGUAAGGCAACCGGAUCGAUCGAUACUCCUGCAGCAGGACUUCAAAUUAAUACAUGCAAAAAAGAUAAGCGGAGAAACAUCUGAGGUGAAUACGGUAAAUAACAAUCAUCAACUACACGCUACUUACAGCUUUGAUCACAAUAUUUUAUGAAGGACUUAGAGGAAUCUCCCGCUAAAUGAACGUGUUGGAUUUGAUAGAAAAUCAUGUGCUAGCUGUGAACUUGGGAAGGAUGACUUGAAUGAACCCCAGGGAAUAAAACGAUCACAAACUUGGAUAUUUAUUCCAUACACAGAAAGUGCCUGGUGGGAUGGUACGGUUAUAGAAUAACGAUACGUCUCCUAGAGGAAAAUGACGGAUGCUGAUAACAGAGUUAUACUCAAUGUCGGCGGAAUACGUCAUGAAACAUACAAAGCCACCCUGAAAAAGAUCCCAGCGACGCGUUUGUCGCGUUUGACAGAGGCGUUAGCAAAUUAUGACCCUGUUUUGAAUGAAUAUUUCUUUGAUAGACACCCGGGGGUAUUCGCCCAGAUUCUGAAUUACUACAGAACAGGUAAGCUCCAUUACCCCACAGAUGUAUGUGGUCCCCUAUUCGAAGAGGAGCUGGAAUUUUGGGGGCUGGACUCGAAUCAAGUAGAGCCAUGUUGCUGGAUGACUUAUACUACACACAGGGACACACAGGAGACAUUAACCAUUCUAGACCGCCUUGAUCUAGACACUGACAAACCAAGCGAGGAGGAUAUAUUUAAGAAAUUCAGUCUUGAAGAAUCCUAUCAAUCUGGAGAUCUAACCUGUUGGCAGAAAGUCAAGCCGAGAAUCUGGGCAUUAUUCGAUGAACCCUACUCCUCAAUGGGAGCCAAGAUCAUAUCAGUCGUAUCCGUUUUUUUCAUAGUGGUUUCAAUAUUUUCAUUCUGCUUAAAAACUCACCCGGACAUGAGGGUACCAGUAAUCCAGAACAUAACUAUGUCACUCUAUGGGAAUGAUAGCUCAAUUUGGACUCUGGAGAAGACAGGGACAGAGCCACACGAGGCAUUUUUCUACAUAGAAUGUAUAUGUAACGCCUGGUUUACGUUUGAAAUUAUUAUUCGCUUCAUCGUCACCUUCUCGAGGAGGGAGUUUAUCAAAGCACCUGUUAACGUUAUUGACUUUGUGGCGACGCUUUCCUUUUAUUUGGAUUUCCUCCUAACUCGUUUAAAAAAAGAAAAUGAAAUAUUAGAAUUCUUAAGUAUCAUCCGUAUAUUGAGAUUAUUCAAACUGACCAGGCACUCUCCUGGGUUAAAGAUUCUGAUACACACAUUCAAAGCAAGCGCCAGAGAACUCAGUCUACUUAUAUUUUUCCUGGUUCUUGGUAUAGUUAUAUUUGCCGCGCUGAUAUUCUACGCUGAGCGGAUUCAGUACAACAAGGACAAUGACUUCACUAGUAUCCCGGAUGGCUUAUGGUGGGCAAUAGUCACAAUGACUACUGUUGGAUACGGCGAUAUGGCGCCCAAAACCUACGUGGGCAUGUUUGUUGGCUCACUCUGUGCGCUAACUGGAGUAUUAACCAUCGCUCUGCCCGUCCCUGUUAUCGUAUCCAACUUUGCGAUGUUCUACUCGCACACACAGGCACGUUCUAAGCUGCCAAAGAAAAGGCGGAGGGUGCUACCAGUGGAGGCAAUACGACCCAAACAGGGCCCACAGGGUGGAAAUCGUAACCAAGUUGGCGGGGCACAAAAUCGCCGGAUGAAUGCAAUCAAGCAUAACCACCCUGGUGCACUAGAAAACAAACUUAACAGAAUAGCUCAAGGCGGCGCGAUUCAAGAAAUGAUGCCAUUUCGCAUCGUACCACCAUAUCAACAUAAUACAGCUGAUCUCAGGAACGGAGAGGAGUCCAUCCCAAUGCUAAUGUUCAAUCAUUCGGAAAAGGACGAUUCCUCCAUAGCAAGGUCUAGACCCCAGAGUAAGAGUGAGAAAUCCCCACCAAGACUGGUUGAAAUUAGCUCUAACCCGGGCACCCCUAUUCGCAUCACCGACAUACAAUCAUCGGCAAUUCUAUCAAUACCCUCUGAUGGUCAAACAACUAAUACAACCAUGACGUCAGUUGGUUUUACUGCAAAUACCAACACAAGUCCAUCUGGUCAUGGUGGAGUGUUACCUAUUGUCAAACACAACUCAGAUGGUCAAACAGCUAAUACAACUAUGACGUCAGUUGGUUUUACUGCAAAUGCCAACACAAGUCCAUCUGGACAGGGUGGAAUGCUACCCAUUGUCAAACAUAACUCAGAUGCUGCUAAUGCAGAUGUGAAAAUAGGAACACCUCAGAAUACCCCAACUGCCCAGCAUAAACCAAUUGAACGCAACAGUUCACCAACAGCUGGCGCUCCCAAUGCAUUUGUUUCAGUGAAUACAUAAGUCAGUGGUGUGCCUCAUAUAAUUCUACUAUCAUCAUAAAAAGUAUUUAUGGUUAUGGAUUAUUCAGGAAAAGUCAUCUAUAGUGUAUACUAAAGAAAUGACAUCAGCCCCAUCAGCCCAAAUUAUGAGAUUCCAAGUUACCAGGGGGAAGUUGUCCAAAUUCCAACAGUUGUGGAAUAAUAUAAUGGGGGUAGGUGAUUUAUUUAGUUAAAAUGUUCAUUUUUGAUGAAAAAAUUGGCAAUUUUUGAAAUUUUCAAAAUGCAAAUCAAAUGAGAUUUAUAUUCAAAUUAUAUGGGAAUGGGUGGUCGAACUACGUAAAUAUGAAAUUAACUUUUUCGCAACUGUCAACAUUUUGACAAC